AUGCAUGAAUAUGCAGAUGAACAUGAUCAUGUUGAGCCUCCACGGGCUGCAGAACCAACUCGGUUUGUUCUAGAAUGGGAUGAUGGCGCUGGUUUUGAAAAACAUCAAGAAUUUCGUUCAAAGGCGGCUUUGCGAGUUUUAGUAGAUAGAGCUUCGCAUAAGGGAUGUUUUGAGGUAAAAACUGUAAAGUCGGAUCCUGGGAGACUCAUACUCAAAUGCCGUCAAGCUGAACAUGGUUGUCCAUGGUAUCUACAUGCCGUAAGGAUGCAGGAUUCUACUUAUUUCAGUAUUAGAGUGUAUAGGAAUAUCCAUACAUGCUCUAGGGUUGUUGCAAGUACAAUUCAGAAUACAAGGAAAGGCACACCACAAGUAGUAGCAGAUGUUUUGCGUGGGGUCUAUCCAGGUGAAGUAGAUACCCCUGCGCCUAAAGCUUUGAUUAAAGUUGUUCAAAAUGAAGCUCACGUUAAUGUGUCCUAUUCUACUGCUUUGAGAGGGAAAAAACUAGCUAUCAGUGAGGUGAGGGGCAGUCCUGAAGAAAGUUAUCGGAAAUUGUAUUGUUAUCUUUACAUGUUGCAGCUUGUUAAUCCUGGGACAGUAACAAGUGUGAAACUGGAUGCCAGAAAUAAAUUCAAAUAUCUCUUUGUCGCUUUGGGCGCUAGUAUUGAAGGGUUUAGAGCAAUGAGAAAAGUCAUAGUUGUGGAUGCAACUUUUCUGAAGAGUGUUUAUGGUGGUAUGCUUGUAUUUGCCACAGGUCAGGACCCAAAUCAUCACCAUUACCCCAUUGCAAUGGGUGUAAUUGAUAAGGAGAAAGAUGCUAGUUGGUCUUGGUUUUUUGAAACAUUGAAAACUGUAAUACCAGAUGAUGACGAGCUGGUUUUUAUGAGUGACAGACAUAAGAGCAUUGUUAAGGCAGUCCAGGAGGUGUAUCCUCUAUCUCAACAUGGAUUUUUUGUUUGGCAUUUGUCACAUAACGUGAGAGGGAAGGCUAGGGUCGGAUGUAAGGAUUUGUGUGCAGACAAAUUUAGAGAAUGCGCUCACAAAUACACAGAAGUUGAGUUUGUAAGUGCAUACACAGAGUUUCGAAAGUGGUUUCCCAAAGCAGCUGAGUAUUUAGAUAACAGUGUUAAUCUUGAAAAAUGGGCAAGAUGUUACUUCAAAGGAGACAAGUACAACUUGGACACAAAAAAAUCAGGGAGAAAACGAGACAAGUGCUACCCUUCAACCGGAGAAGCUCGCCCUAAACGAAGUAACAGGACCAAUCUAGGCAUACAUCUUGGUCGUUGGUUGGAACCGCUUAACACAGAUGAAGAUGAAGAAGAAAACCAAGGUGAUAACCAAGGUGGUAACCCGAGUGAAGUUUAA